GUCUGAGGGUAACUGUGUUACUAACAUCAUCCCUCAUGGUAUUGGGAGCUGGCCUGAGAUGUGUUCCAGUUUCAGACCUAGAAAUUAGGAAGAAGCUGAUUCACGGAGGGCAGCUGUUAAAUGGCUUGGCGGGGCCAACUGUGAUGAACGCGGCACCAUUUCUUUCCACAACGUGGUUUUCUCCAGAUGAACGUGCCACAGCAACAGCCAUCGCGUCACUCCUCAAUUACCUGGGUGCUGCUGGCGCGUUUCUAGUGGGACCACUUGUAGUGCCAUCUCCUAACGGAACAUCUCACCUCCCUCUGCUGUCACAGAGCAACACUGAGCACAUCAAGGACCGCAUUGAGGCUGUGCUGUAUGCAGAAUUUGGGAUGGUUUCCCUGAUAUUUUCUGCAGCGUUGGCCUACUUCCCCUCGCGCCCUCCAUUCCCUCCUAGUGUGGCUGCAGCAAGUCAACGGCUCAGCUACAGGAGAAGUUUUUGCAGACUCUUAAGCAAUUUCCGAUUCUUGAUGAUUGCUUUAGCCUAUGCUAUACCACUGGGUGUUUUCUCUGGCUGGUCUGGUGUUCUGGAUUUGAUAUUAACACCAGUUCAUGUAAGCCAAGUAGAUGCAGGCUGGAUUGGAUUUUGGUCUAUAGUUGGAGGUUGUGUUGUUGGCAUAGCAAUGGCAAGAUUUGCAGAUUUUAUCAGGGGGAUGCUGAAGUUUAUACUACUGCUGCUUUUAUCUGGAGCAACAUUAGCAUCAACCUGGUUCACUCUCACCUGUCUAACUAGUGUCACUCAUCUGCCUUUAACCACAGCUACACUGUACACAUCGUGCAUUUUGUUGGGUAUAUUCCUCAACAGCAGCGUACCAAUAUUCUUUGAGCUCUUUGUGGAGACAGUCUACCCAGUUCCAGAAGGAAUUACCUGUGGAGUUGUCACCUUUUUGAGUAAUGUGUUCAUGGGAGUCCUUUUGUUUUUCCUCACAUUUUACCAUACAGAGUUUUCCUGGUUCAACUGGUGCCUGCCAGGAUCGUGUCUGCUCAGCCUGCUCCUCAUCCUGUGCUUCCGCGAGUCCUACGACAGACUCUAUCUCGACGUUGUCGUCUCUGUGUGAUAAUGCCGGACUGGUGAGGGGUUGGAAGAGACUGGAAGUCAGCUUUGCAGUCUGCACAUCUGCCUGGAGUUGCACAGCUGAACAGCAGAAAAACAAAGAAAUUACAAGACUUGAUUGUGGCUUUAUUAGAGGGUGAGGACAGGCUGUUCUUACAUUCAAGACCACCUUGGUUUGUGAUAAACAUGGAACUUGAGUGGUGAUAAUGAUGCCGAAAUGCACAAAGAGUAUACCUGAUGUACAGGUCCCAGUGCCAGAGCUGGGGCUCCCUAUUUAAAAGGCUGUUGAUGUAGCAGUGAGGUGUGCAGUUGUGUGUGCGUGCGUGCGUGUGUGCCGACUCACGGUUAUACACACUGGGGUACCAGUAAUCUUUGGAGUCUUCUAUCAGAAUAGAAAUAGCGAAUAAUCUCAACAAAAGGAAAAAAAAAAAAGAUAAAAGGAAAAAAAAUCUUUUUAAGGAUCUCUCUUAAAUCACUGGUCAUUUAAACAGUUAAGCAAAAACGAUUUAGUGCUUGUACACUACAUUUACAUUCUAAUAAAGUGAUUUCUGAUACAAGACACUGGUACCAGGGUUUUUAGCCAUACUAAAUAUCCUAAACAAUCCUUGCAGUGUUGUUAGAGGUGUUUGUUAUCACCCUGGAGCACAUGUAAACGAUAGCUUUAACUGCCACUGAAACCCAACUUGCACCCACAGUCGCCUCUGAAAUACCACCAUGGUUCUGUAUCUCCUGAAUACGGAGCAUCUGUGGUAUCUCAGAAGUUUACUGGAGAGUCACUCUUGGUAAAUGUUGCUGAUUUAAAGGCCACCACUGUGUCACCUUUUCAUCCCCCAUCUCCAGUACUGCCUUUUUUACUGUGAAGACCUGUUUGUGCCACUGAAUACUGUGGGUGUGGAUGUCCGAGCCCCACUAGUUCUCUUCUGAUACUCUAAGGUGUGUGUGGCUUUUAGGAUUAGUUUAUGAUUGAGGGUGCCUAAAAAUAUUGUUUGUGAACUUUUAAAAUCAUGUCUUUAAAAUCACGUCUUUAAAAUCACAGUUUCCUAAAAAAAAAAAAUCUUUCUAGUUGAUGAGAUGCCCUGAUGGCGAAAUGACAAUGAGUUUUACAAUGAGAAAUAACUCAUGAGUUUUGGCAUAAUAUGGGAAAUAUAAUGCCAGCUCUUUUUAUCAGUACUAAUCUGUGGUCGUUCUGGCCUGUACUUGAACAUAAAUAUUAAAGACACUUUGAAUAGUUUUUUAACUCAAUUUUAAACCUGAUGAUAAUUUCUUAAUUAUAUUCUUAGAUUUCACUUCAGCAUCCUUUACAGUAUUUCCAUGUGUGUGUUCUGUGCUUUGUGUUAGGGAUGGGGGGGUGUGUGUGUGUGUGCGUAUUUAUAUCUAUGUAUACACAAAUAAAACUUAUAUAUAUAUAUAUAUGUAUGUUUUAUAUAUAAGUUAUAUAAGAGUAUGUGUUUACAUAGGUUUAUUUUAAGUCAUCAUGUCUCUGGAUGGUGGUAUGCCACUGUUUGUAACUAAACCAGUCAUGUCCUGAAUGGAAACAUGUACAUACGCUGUUUGCGACAUGAAUUUUUUUCAGAGGGUGAAUGAUUUCCCAUCGCAGUGAUUUUAUUGCAGGGGGUGCGUGCACAUGUUGGAGGAGGCUGGUGUGCAGAGUUCUGCGUCCGUAGAAGUCUGAAUCAAACGCCCUUUGCUCCUGUGUGGGACUCUUUUCUGCCACCCUGGGGUGACACCGACACUGUAAGCUCACUCACACCCUGAACUGGGCGAUACCUCCCAGACACGGAUCCGUUCGUUCUCUCUGCUCUCCUUUUGCGGAGAGAAUAUGGCACUAAUACCUUUAACUCAGGAGUGUAUCUGUGCAGUAAAAUAAAACAAGCUGUUCCCUGCUUUUAUGUUUUCAGAGCAAUGGAUGUAUUUACUGUAGUAACAGAAAAUUGACUUAGUUCAUUGCCUAUAUCAGCUACUAAAUGAUCUUUUCUGUCUUGAAGCAGGCUCUUUGUAGAAAUUGAGCUAACUUACAUUGGAAUAACUAAAUCAAUCUUAACCGGCGCAUUCAGAUUCACUGGCAUCAUCCUCUUACUGUUUUUCAGAUGAAUAUUAUUAACUGUCCAACUUCUUUUUACUAUGUUUUAGUGCCUGGAAUAGUUUCAGUAUCCAGUAGCUGCUGCUACCUAUUGUCUUCUGAAACCAAGGAUCGCUUGCCAGGAGUCUGAUUGGAGUUGCAUUGUCAUGGCAGAACUGCAAGCUCGGAUGGCUCAUCAGAGCUCUGCUUCUGCAAUUUACUGUAGCUAUAUUAAGAUUAAAAUUGCACUGCUCGGGCACUGUCCCGAGUGACAGAGAUUUCUGAUCCUUUCACUGUCCUGACUAUUUUAAGAUGGAGAAGCACUUCAGGCAGUAUUCAGACUAUAACCUAUUCUGUCCCUGUUCCAGAAAGCAUCGAACAAUUCAAAAUAUUUGUCAGUGCUGCCAGGUGCACUCUCUCCAUACAGUCAGGGCAGAAGAGUGAACAUCUUGUUUUAAACCCUGUAGAUUGUUUUUCUGAGUUGGUGUGAAUUGCUCUCCUGAACUUUGAUGCUUUGGUAGAAGUUUUUGUGUCUGUCUUGGGCACUGUAGUGUGUGGUCUUAAUUACAGCCCUUGAUGCCUCUGCACCAAACCAGAGCCGUUCUCCAGAGCUGAGCAGCACUGCAGAGCUCUAAUGGAGCUGCGCUGCGGUUGCAGGCACCGUUCUGCAGUCGGGGCUCAACCAGAGUUCCCAGUAAGUCUGAUGGAAAUCUGCCUGAGUGAAAACCAAAAGAUUGCUCCCAAAUUACUUGAAGCUGUGUAGAACACUGCUGCAUUCCACACCUACAGUGUUCAGGCUUUAGGAUUUUAUGACAUUAGCAAGUCUGGCUCAGGACAGAGGUGAGGAUUGCAAAUGUGUUUGCUGAGAUGUCUGAAAAAUAUUUUACCACCAUCUGUGCCCAGCAGCAGCAUCCUUCUGAGGAGGAGCAUGUCAGUAACCCAGCUCAAGCUGUGGGAAUAUUUUUUGGAAAGGGUUAUCACUAGGUCCACCCUUGUUUGGAUUUACCAAGGGUCCAGCCUGUCAGGAUAACAGCACUUUUUGGAAGUUAGAGACCACAGGGAGAGCCCUAAGCAGUGCUGAUACAAUUAGCAGUAGUGCAGAAUAGGCUUAAAACAGUUAAUGUUUCUCUUAAUUAGUGAAAAUUCUAAGUUUCUCUAACUUUUGAGUCAUUAACAACAGUUUUUUUUAAUCUAGAUGAGGCAUUACCUUGCAUGGACACAGAAUAGCUGACACUGUCUGCUGCUUGGCCUGUGACUUGCCCGCAGAGGAAGGUGCCCUGGGAAGUCACAAUAUUUGCUUCUCUUCGUGGCCUGUAAGUUCACAGUCCUAAAGAACAUUUUUUGCCAGCAGUGCAGAGCCCCCUAACAUACAAGUAAUUGUAUAAACAAGUAUAAACUCAAAAUGCCAGGAAGGAUGCUUUGUAGUGACCGUUCUCUCUUAAUAGUUCAUCACUUUAAGCAUGGGCUGCUCCUUGGGUUCUGUUGGCACAGUAACAGCUCAGCUCAGCUUCCAGUGCUGCUGGCAUUUCUUCCUGCGAGCUGCACUGGCUUUCAUGCUGCUAAUGAGGAAGCUCAGGGUUAGUAGAUGUAGGCUCCACUUACAGCACUGUUGCUCUUGUCACUGCUGUUACCAUUAAUUUCCUUUCAAUCCCUUUAGCUUCUUGCAUGGCCGCCUGCUCCCCUGAGCCGGAGGUACGGAGAAGAGCUUCCGUGCUCCCAAGGCAAUUUUAGAGGAAUGGGUUGGCUGACCUUGUAAUUAAUAAACAUAAAAAUAGUGAUAUUUAGAAAAUCAUGCAAGCUGGAAGAAAAUGCAGGCCCAAAGGAUUUUGCAUGUAUGUGAGCAGAGAGUCUGUUAUGAACAGACUGUAACUUGCCUGAAACUUAAAAGAGGCCAAGAGACCUAGAGAGGCCAAGCUGAUAGGCACCACACGUGUUGGGUAUUCAGGUUCACAGCAUCAUGGAGUUAUUCACAACCAUCUGACAGCUGAAAUGAAUGGGAGUGAGACAUCUUUAAUCUUGGAGUGGCUUAGAAAACCCCAGGAUACAUCACUGGUAACUCGGGGGAGUGCCAGGCUGAGUUAAGAGAAGGGGGUGCAGUCCAGAGGGUAUUCAACACUGAAAUACUGCAUUCAGUUAAUCAAAUCCAUAUAAAAUUUGAAGUUUUGUGGUGACAGGGAUGUUAAUGCCUGGCUUGUUCUACAGUAAACUUAGCAAGUGACUGCAUAGCCUUACACUGCGAUAUAACCGAGCUGAAUUGGUUGAUAUGCAUAUAUUGGCUGUUAGUAGAAAGGGAAGUGCUAUUUAAUUGGGAGGAUUGACUGAAAUAUGAAUGGGAAUUACACAGUUUGCACAGUGGAUAUAACUGUCCUGUAAUGCUAUGACAGCAGGCUUUUAAUUGUUCAUUUUCAUAUCUUCUGUGUGCAGAUAUUAAUAAGUAUCUGUGACAAAGGCAGUUUUAUGUUUCAUUAGUUUUGGGAGGGGGUUCUUUUAGACUAAGUAUGGAUCAUUGUAAUAACUUGGCAAGACAACUGCUACACUGGUAUGAAAGCAUACAUGAAUAUUUGGUGUCGAUUUGGUGUUUGAUGUUGGUGUGGCCAUCCCGAGCGUUGCUGAAGCGCUGGGCGUGGGGAGCAGGGAUGUGGUGUGUGCCAGGAGGCAGCCAUGCUUGUGGACACACAGGCGUGCAAGGGUAGAUGCUGACCCUGCCAAAACAAACAAGAACUUCAUCGUCGUCCCUGGGUCCCAGUAUCAGGGCUGGGAGGAGGAGGGGAGCACGUGUUGGGGGAAAAGCUGCCUUGUGAUAGAGAGACAGCCUCCAGGCUUUGCUUCACCUGUGAGAGAUCACAGGUAUCAGCACAGGCUUCUUUCAUUUCCCUGCAGCCACUGCUGCUGCGAGGUGGGUUGUAGGUGGCACAGGAAUCUCUGCCUUGCUUCCUCCAGCAGUGUCAUCUCAGACGGUGGAGGAGAAUUGCCGCAGAGCAGGGAGCAGCCCCAGUAAAGUCAGAAGAUGAUGGCAAUCUGCUUAUAAUUUUUGUAGUUUGUGUUUCAAGACAGAUGAAACUAAUAAAUAGAGGAAGAAAUGUAACUCUGUCCAAAGUUUUGACAAGCAAAAGCAAAUAUUUGCACAGAUGUGCUGGCUCCUGCCUUUUACUUGGGAUGACAACAUGUUUGGAGCAGUUUGUGCCUGGGCCGGGGGCAGCGAUCAGGGCAGAAGGGAAGCGCUGCAGCCAGGGUGCCCAGAUGGGUGCCUGGCUUAUUUGCACAGCAGGGAUGUCUUGUGCAGCCCAAUUUUAGCAGUGUCAUUUUUUUACUUCCUUGAGGCUGAGGUUCUGACGUUAGCUUUAUGUUUGUGACAUGAUUUGUGCUGCAGGAACAGCUAAGGCUGCACAUGGCGUAGAGGCGCUGGCUUUCCAAGGUGUGACAGAGAAGGCAGGUGGGACUUGCUCUUUGCAAUAACAGCUUUUCUUUCCACGGUCUCCCUCCCCACUAGCUUCCCCCAUGUGAUUUGUUGCUUGAUGUAUCUGGACAGAUUUGUUGAGCUCACUUUGUAUCGCUACGUGAAGAAAAUACCAUGAGCAAAGCCUUUUCUCUUUAUGGGGAACUUUUCCCUUGAGGCUCAGGCCACUUCUCCAACCUUAAUCCAUCUGUUUGUAAAAGCCAAAAAAACCCCAGCCCCAUGUUUUCCUUUGCAGAGGGGAUGUGCAGGUUUGUGUGAUGCUGGGACAGGUAGCGAGAGCCUGGUCACUGGGCUUGCUCGGUCACAGACCUGCUCGGGGGCUUGGGGAAGGGAUGCUCGUGCGUGGGGUGCCUCGCUCUCCCCACCUGCAGAACGGGAGGGUGCCCCAUGUCCCUCCCCAGGCAGGGACACUGCAGUCGGGGCUGGGAAGUGCGUUAGGAUCCUGUGAGGGACGGGGGCUGGAGCAGGGUCUGGUAAGUGCCCUGUUUAACGGUCUGUGUGUCCUCAGCCUUGAGACUGCUGUGAGGAGUGCAGGCCCUGGUUUUCUCUGCCUGGCCAGUGUAAUCGUGGUGUAUGGAUGAAAACCCCUCUGGCAGGACAGGCUGCAUUAACAAACCGGUGGGAAAUGGUUACAUGUAGGGAAGGGAUCCCCGGAGAACUGUCUGACUGGGGUGGUCAGGGGGGUCUGGAGCCCCCGGCCUGUGUCUGUCUCUCUCUGGAUGACUGGAUGUGCAGUCAAAGCCACAAUGAGAAAACAGAGUUGGCUCCCUCUCCCCAGCCCCUGCCUGCCCCGACCUUCCUGCUGCCCCCAUCACCUGGGCUGAGUAAGCCCAGCAGAGCGGCAGGGUUUCCCCGUGGGUGGCCAACCACCAGCUGCUGCUCCCCCCUCCCUGGGGAUAACGGUGUAUUUUCCAGACAUAAUUCUUUUCUCUGCCUGUGAUAUUUGCUAGAUUAAAAUCUCUUUUUCCCCUACCAAGUUUAAUGCCUUCCACUGUGCAUUUUCGAAACGAGUUCUUGAUAAGGUGGAAAAAAACAGCUUUUAAUUAUGUGACGCACCUAACAGUUGGGGUUUUUUGAACUGCAUGAACCAUAUGGAGAAGGAAGAGGGUUUUACGUGUUUGGAGAGCAUCUUUGUAAACUAUCCUCAACCUGUAAGACUGUUCAAUUUUUCUGCAGUUUGUAUGCGUUUUACUUUUGUAAUUUUUUAAAUGAUUUGAUAAAAUUUUAUUUUAGGGCAAAUUCUACUUUUUGUAUGCGAUAUUCCAAUGUGAUGUAUUUUUAUUUUUAAGAAAAUAAUGUUGAAACUGCUAUAUACUUGUCAAAGUAACACAUCCACUGUGUCAUUUCUUUUUAAAACUGGAAUCUGACCAUGAUGUGCGUGUUACUGGUUGUUGCACAUUAAAGAGGUUACUCAAA